AGGGAGUGUGUGUGUUUCCUCUAGUUCUUUAUCAGAGUCCCCAAAAUAAGUAGGAAUGGGCAGCGUCUGGCCACAUGCGGCACACCUUUUCCAUUUGCUAACUCGGCCCGGACAGGCUGGGAAGAAUCCUUCACGCCUUACCCCGGGAGAGAAGCCACUGAGACCCUCCUAAGGCACCAUGCAGCUGCUUCAGGUGACCGCACUUCUCCUCCUCCUGUGCAACCGUGUCUGCUGCAGUGAGGCCAGCGAAGAUGUUCAAAAUAAAUCGGCUUCAUCACCGCCAGAAACUUCUACAACAAAAUUAUCUGUCGCAACCCCAGGCAACGUGUCAGUAACAAACCCUGUUAACAGCACAAAGAAUGGAACAGCUCCUACAGGAAAAACUGAUGCUGAAUUGACCAAGCAUCCUUUGACUCCAGCACCUAACUCACUGACAACAGUAAAACAUGAAGAGAAAACAACUCCUGGUGUCAUAAAGAACCAAGAUCUCACUACAAACACAACAGUGCCAAAUCUUCUUUCAAAUGUUACUUCAACACUACCAAGUACCCAGCACAAAACUGAGAAUCAGAGUUCAAUCAAAACACCAGAAGUGCCAGGUACCACUCAACUGCCAGAUGCCUCACCUAAAACCACCGCAUCACCCUCGGCAUCACUAACAACUCCAAAAAGCACCUCACGCGUUCAGGACACUGCGGAUGGGGAGGUCACAGCCACUCCAUUAACCAUCUCCCGUUACUCUGAUGUUAUUUUGCCUGUGGUCAUCGCGCUGAUUGUCAUAACACUCUUGGUAUUUACUCUAGUGGGUUUGUAUCGGAUGUGCUGGAAGAGAGAACCAGGAGCUCCAGAAAACGGGAAUGAUCAGCCUCAGUCCGAUAAAGAGAGUGUGAAGCUGCUCACUGUUAAAACAAUCUCUCAUGAGUCUGGUGAGCGCUCUGCACAGGGGAAAACCAAGAACUGACAGCUGAUGGAUCCUCCCUAUACCUGGGCAAUAAAUAUGUUUAGUCUUCAGCUUCUAAGAUCCAAGGGUGGAGAGGACAGAGUCCCAAGGAGCCAAUGCCAACUCACAGUCUCCUCACCAGUGUGCACCAGCUGCCCGUCUCAGCAAAGGAUGGACAUACUACAACCCGACAGAAACAUAAAGUCUUCUAGAUAUCUCCUGUCUGAGACAUAGAAAAUCAAAUGACUCUAGUUUUCAGGGACGUUUCUAGGAGGAACGUCUGUGAGCAGUGACCCCUCAGCCCAGGCAGGUGGGCUCCCGGGAGACAACUCAUAGCUGAGUUUAGAGUUUCCAGGGCUUAACAGCCUUGAUUCAUGGAGACCUGCCUGUAUUCUUUGUGUUCUCAUAUUAGUUAGUGUUAGUAUUUAUUGUUUCCCACUAUGUUAAUGCAGGGAGAUUUUGCAAGUGUGAUGUCAAAUGUUAAGUAGAAAUCAUACCAUGUUCCUCUGUACAGACAGGUAUGUUAUUCAUGUUUUCAUGUGUUACUUUUAAUAAGUGGUGGUAUACUCAGCACAUUAAACAUUACAUCAUGACUA